UCGGGAAAACUCGGGGGCGGUCGGGCGCGCUCGGCGCGGGGACCCGUGGGCGGGAACUCAGUUCAAAUUGAGAACACGCCGCCGCGCGUCGCUUCCCAACCGCUCCCAACACGCACGUGAAACAAGUUACAGUCCGCCGUACUAACUGUGCAAUUAUUAUUGCUUGUGAGUGAAUUUAUUCAACUUCCUAAUUGGCUCAGUCCGGUGUUGGUUUUCAAAUAUUAAUAUUUUCCCGUGAAAUUGGACAGUGAAUCACAGUUUUGUCGUACCUGUAUACAGAAAGGAUUUUAGAGCUUCUAACUAGAGGGAUGAGACGAAAUGAGAUGUCACGGCCCACCACGCUGCCCGAAAUAAUGAGAAUUUGAGGGCUCAGCGAGCGCGGCGCGCGGCGGGGCAUGGGCGGGCGGCGGCGCGGGCGGCGCUAGGCAUGUGGGCGCUGCUGCUGCUGGGCGUGUGCGCGGCCGCCGGCGCCGACUGCCCGCGCCACUGCGAGUGCAAGUGGCGCAGCGGCAAGGAGUCGGCGCUGUGCGCGCGCGCCGGGCUGGCCGCCGUGCCGCCGCGCCUGCCGCCCACCACGCAGCUGCUCGACCUGUCCGAGAACCGCCUGGGCGCGCUGCGCGACGACGCCUUCGCCGGCGCCGGCCUGCUCAACCUGCAGCGCCUGUACCUGGCGGCGUGCGGCGUGCGCGCCGUGCGGCCCCGCGCCCUGCGCGCGCUCGUCAACCUGGUGGAGCUGGACCUGGCGCGCAACCGCCUCGAGGCCGUACCCUCGCCCGCCUUCGCCGAGAUACCGGAGCUCCGGGAGCUGCGCCUCGACGGAAACCCGAUUACCAAAAUCAAAGAUGAUGCGUUCGCGUCCCUGACGCACCUAGUGAGGCUGAGUCUUAGAUCGUGUAAGAUAGCGGAAAUAGAACCACGAUCUUUUAUCGGUUUAGAAGGUACGCUAGAGUAUUUAGAGCUAGAUAAAAAUAGACUGCAAGUGUUGCACGUGGGCGCGCUGGCGCCGCUGCGCGCGCUGAAGGGGCUGGAGCUGGCCAACAACCCGUGGGACUGCUCGUGCGCGCUGCGGCCCGUGCGCGACUGGAUGCUGCGGCGCAACGUGCCCGCCACCGUGGCGCCGGAGUGCGCGCGCCCGCCGCGGCUCAGCGCCACCGCCUGGGACCGCCUCGACCUCGACGACUUCGCGUGCUUGCCGGAAGUCAGUGCGGACACCAAACAUACGAUAGGAACAGAGAGUGACGAUGUGACUUUAGUGUGUAGAGUGAACGGAGUGCCCGCGCCGCGCGUGCGGUGGCUGCGCGGGGGUCGGUUGAUCGCGAACUCGACCAGUGUACAUAACAUAAAUUCGGGACGAUCGUUCUUUUUACGUAGUGAAGGUCAAACUAGUAAUUUAACAAUAAAGUCAGUGGAGCUGCAGGACGCGGGGUCGUACGUGUGCGCGGCGGAGAACCGCGCGGGCAAGGCGGAGGCGGCGCUGGCGCUGGCGGUGCAGCGGCGGCCGGCGGCGGCGGGCGGGCGCGCGCUGCUGGCCGGCGUGGCCGUGUCCGCCGUCGUAGUGCUGUCGCUGUGUCUGGUAGCGCUGUGCGCGUACGAGACGCGCAAGAAGCGGGAGUUAGAUAGGUGGAACGAACAAAUAGUGACGACGAGCCGGCGCGCCGAGAGCUACGAGAAGAUCGAGAUGAGCUUCAGCAAGGAGGCGGAGGAGGAGGCGCGGCGCGCGGGCGCGGGGGGCGAGGCGGGGGGCGGCGGGGGCAGGAAGCGCGGGGAGUACCAGGACGUGCCGUCGCAUGACUCGGAGGAGGAGGGCGAGGGGUACGGUGCGCGCGCGCUGCGGGCGCGGGGCGGGGCGCGGGGGGCGGGGGCCUGGCCCUGCGAGCCCCCGCGCGACCUCUACUCGCGCCGGCAGGAGCAGGACUUGCACAUACCACGGCUCAUGGACUAUGAUAUCAGAGCGGACGCGACGCCGGAGUCAGCCCCGGGCUCGGCGUCCAGCGGCGGCGGCGGAGGCGGCGGCGGCGAGGGGGCGGCGCGCGCGCGGGACGACAACGCACUCAACAACAACCCGCCGCGGCGCCGCGACCGCCUCGACAACGACCUCUCCGGCAGCGACAGCGAGAAGAACUACCCCGACCUCAUCGAGAUGAGCGCGCUCGGCACCUCCUACCUGAGGAACGAGAAGAAACGAGAUCCAUACUUCUACACCAUCCCCCGCAGAAAAGACACCGACAGUCGGAGCCCUCUACUGGGCAGCCGACGGAACAGCUCCGGCGGGGACUCGUUCUCGUCGUUCGAGCGGCCGUACGACCCGCGGCAGAAGCCGGGCGGGCGCCGCUCCAACAGCUUCCUGGACCUGGCGACGGGGAACAGCCGCGGCCGCCGCAAUCCGAGCCUGCCCGCGUCGCCGGCGCGCGAGCGGCCGCCCGUGCCCUCCGCCACGCCGCUGCUCGACCUGUCCGGCCUGCGCGACUACUCGCGCCACGACCAGCCGCUGCCCGACGACUACGACUUCCGAGCGUCGCAGCUGGAGAAGUUUCUAGACGAGUACAGAAAUCUGAGGGAGCAAUUGUCGAAGAUGAAAGAGACCCGGGAGAACCUGCAGCGGAACCGGGCGGCGGAGCACGACGAGCUGCGGUCGAUCCUGAAGGGGCGGCCGAGUGUGGCGGUCACGGAGACGUCCUCGCUGGCCGCGCUGGCCGACGCCGCCUCGCCGCUGUCGCUGGGCGCCGAGCCCAGACCCGAGUGGAUCUCCACGCUCAUGUACCGGAACUAAAAAACCACUUGUAAAUAUUUUCAAGUAAUAUUAUACUAGGUACUUAAACUGUAAGGAAAUUGUUGGGAUGCAAAGUUGUCUCAUGGAGAUGACUCAGAAAAACAGUGUUCUUAAAUGUUGAAAUAAAUACAAUUUGUCAGACUUAAAA